AUGGGCGCAAAACGGCAGGGCCUAAAGAACCUCGCUAGGGUGCAGGAUCUCAAUCGGAACAAUACUAGUUUUUGCAGACGUCCAACAUAUGCUCUCUGCGUCUUUACUGUGCUUUUUAUGCUUUUCUGCAGAGGCCACGCUUCUCCAAAUCCAGUAUCACCAGACGAGGAAAUUCUUCGGUUGAAUGCCACGCAACUCCGAGUAUUCCAGGUGUACAAGCCGGUUCCUGAUGAACCAUCACCCGAAAUCCCAGGAGGAUGCAAUGCGAAAAUUUUAUUGAUGCGACAUGAGUUUGGUUCUAGCUAUGGCCAUCCGUUUGUUGGAAACUAUGUCCCUCCUCGAUGUGAUUUCGACACUGUAAUCAUGACUAUGACAGUAACAUCCAAAGGUCGCCAGUUCGAUAGACUUGCGCUGAUGUUUCUUGGAGAUACCGAAGUAUUCCGCACAUCAACGGCCGAACCUACGACUAAUGGUAUUAUUUGGACCUACAUCAAAGACAUGUCGCUCUACAAGGCACUAUGGGCCAAGCCCCAGAAGUUAAUUUUCGAUCUUGGGAACUUAAUCAACGAUAAAUACACCGGCCCAUUUGACGUGACGCUGACCGCCAAGUUUUCCUUGAAAUUUCAUGAGAUUAGGGCGGCAGAUAUUAUACUCCCGAUCUCCGCCCGGCGUUCAGUAGCAGAUUCUCCAAGUGGCUUUCAUAUUCCAGAUGAUAACGCAACUGUGACACAUAUUAUACCUCCAGAUGUUUCGCGAGCCACAGUGUCCAUAUCUGCCUGUGGCCAAUCCACGGAAGAAUUCUGGUACAGCAAUGUCCUGUCUUCCGACGUACUUACGUUUAAUAAAACAGCGGGGCCACUGUACGGAUACUCCUCUUUUCGGGAGAUUCAGCUAUUUAUAGAUGAUCAAAUGGCAGGAGUUGUAUGGCCUUUUCCAAUCAUCUUCACCGGCGGAAUUUCGCCUGGCUUUUGGAAGCCAAUUGUCGGUAUUGAUGCUUUUGACCUUCGCGAGCCAGAAAUAGACAUUACCCCUUUUUUGCCUGUUUUGGCUGAUGGCCAGUCUCAUUCUUUUACGAUAAAGGUUGUUGGUCUUGGAGAUGUGGAAAACGGAGUUGCAGAAAUUUCAGAAACGGUUGGAUCAUAUUGGGUCGUAACCGGGAAGAUAUUCAUUUAUCUCGAUGGGGAGAGGGGCUUGGUCGAUCAAUCUACAAUAAAUCGACGCGGCGAUUUGGUCCCCGUUGUUUCAACAAAGUUCGGAUCGGAUAUUUCACACGAAUGGCAACAGAAUCCAACCACGGGUAUGAAUGAAACCCUAUCGCAUACGAUUCGAAUUUCUAGGUCAUUAAGCGUCACAUCUCCUUCUUCGCAAUGGACUCAAAGCCUAAGCUUUUCCAACUCAGGGACCUUUUCUGAGCAAGGUCAGACACAGUUGAUCAAACAGGUGACAGAUGCUACAUCAGAAUCUCUCGAUUUGAUGGGCGAAAAGGACCUCGUUAUUAGCAGAGUAGCCAGCUCCUAUCCGCUUGAAGUGUGCUCAACGUAUCAAUCCAACCCUAACGGCCUGGAGAUCAACGCCUCCCUGUCUCGCGGUUUGCAAUUCUCCUACCAGAGUGACGUCAGCUAUUAUUCCCCUUAUACCCUCACAACUGGUUCCUCCGAAUAUGAUGCGAGACAGUUUGGCAAAGCAACAUAUCGGUCAAUGUCCAAGGGCAGUUCAAGCUCUACAGGCGAUACGUUGGAGAUUUUCAAAGAGAAGUCUGCAGGGGCAACCUUCGACGCAGAGGGCCAGGAAAAGCAAAUAUUGAACGCCUCUUAUCUGGCCGUCAGCACCAUGCAUGCAUGGACGGACAUCCAUGUCCAUAUCUCAAACAAGGCGUCCAAACUCUCCGAGCUGACUGUUCUUCACCUGUCAUUCCCUGCCCACAGAAACCCGGGCCAUAUUAGAAAUCCACUCGCCAAGCAAAAAUUCAGGGACGGCGGCCGGCCUAUUCUGAUUUCGGCAAGGUUGCAUUAG